UUGAACGCAGGCUUUCUGAACACCAACCUAACUCGGAUUGUGAUUUGUUCGUUGAAAAUAGAUAUUUCUCGAAAUACGUUAAUAUUACACUUAAAACUUAAUCCAAAGUGUAGUGUGUUACCAAUUAUACAUUUUGUGUAGAAUAUAAUAAAAAAUGUCCCACACAAUUUUAUUGGUACAACCGGGACCAAGGCCUGAGACGAGAACAUACUCGGACUAUGAGAGCGUCAACGACUGUAUGGAAGGCGUCUGUAAGAUCUAUGAAGAACAUUUGAAGAGAAGAAAUCCCAAUACGCCGACUAUAACAUAUGACAUAUCUCAGUUGUUUGACUUCGUCGAUCAGCUCGCAGAUCUCAGCUGUCUGGUUUAUCAAAAAUCAACGAACACAUACGCACCGUAUAACAAGGAUUGGAUAAAGGAAAAGAUAUAUGUACUUCUACGUCAAGCAGCCGGUCAGAGCGACUGAAUCGUAACAUAGUUAUUAUACAUUUGGUACCGUACUAAUUCUUGUAAAUAAAAACCUUUGAAAUGAUUGAGAGCACA